AUGGCGACAAACCCUAAUCCCACGAGCUGGCUCCAAAAUCUGGGCAUUGCUAUAGAAGUGUUAUGUCCGGCGCUUGCGUUGAUCGUUGUUGGCUUGAGGACUUAUAUCAGAAUCGACACGAAGAGCUUUGGAUGGGACGAUGGCCUCAUCGUUGCUUCAAUGGUCUUUAGCAUUGCCUUGGCGGUAGGCUCUAUCAAAGUUAUGAAGGAGUUGUACAUAGGGAUUCAUUUCUACGAUGUACCGCUACCCUUUGAUCCCACCGAAGGACUGAUUUGGAUAUAUGUUGUCGGCGCCGUUUACCAACCCAUCUUAACACUGGUUAAACAGUCUGUCCUCGUCUUUCUGCUUCGUUUCUCGGGUAUUAAGGCAGGCGUCCGAUAUGUCGUCUGGGGCACCAUCGUCUUCAACACAGUAUUGAUGCUCGCCAUUCUCCUGACCGUCAUAUUCCAAUGCACUCCUAUCGAGCUCAACUGGCAUCCAUUGGUACCUGGAAGAUGCAUUCAACAGUUCACAUUUGGUGUGGUCGCUGCAUGCAUGACUAUUGCAACCGAUGUAGUCUCAGUGGCUCUUCCAUUUUAUAUUUUCCUAGGCCUGAAGAUAAAUAAGAAUAGGAAGGUUGCCUUAAUUGGAGUUUUCAUGCUAGGUGUACUCGUUACCGUUGUCAGCGUCAUUCGUCUCUACUUCCUCGCUCAAAACUUCCACGAUCAGAGUCCAGAUAAGAACUUCUCUAUCGGCUUCUGUGUCUCCUCUAUCGAGUGCAACUUGGCUAUCCUGACUGCAUCGGCCCCCGCACUUUGGCCACUUAUUCGUCGUUGGAUACCGCAUCUCAAGUCAAGCGGCGAUCACUCCUAUUACGGCCGCAAAUAUGGCGGUGCUUCGCAUUUACAGCAGGGUUAUAUCAGGACUACCGAUGGACCAGACAGCAACAAUAUCGGCUUGAAGGACCUAGAAAGCAGGCGAACUCGAACCGAAGUCCGAUCCGCGCGAGAUUCAGACGAGGAAAUUCUUACAGGAACGGGAAUUAUGCGCACUACACAAUUUACUGUCUCAACUGAGGACGACUAUCCGCGAAAGGGGCCAAGAGCUGACUAUGAAGACCAAACGACGCAUUCAAAAGUCUCCAGCAAUGCUUCCUUGUGA